AUGGCCACCGAGACGUUGAAGAUCAGCGAUGGCUCUAGCAUGGAGAUCACCCGAUUGCCGGACUUGGAUGAUGAGACCUGGCAGGAGGUGAAGGCCUAUGUGGAGGGCAACCCGGAGACUGCCAAGGCCUUGCAGAACUUCGCUAAGAAUCCGGAUGCCAUGCGGGGCUGGCUUCAGACACAGGCCAUUGCCGAGCAUUACAACAGCAAGCUGUCCCACGGCGACACCCCGGUGCAGGAGAAGGUGAAGUCCUUGGAGUCGGAUCCCGAGUUGGCUCCGAUCUUCGAAGACAUCAAGAAGAACGGCAUGGAGGCUGCCAUGAAGUACUACCAGGAUGAGGAGAUCAUGUUGAAGAUCAGCCAGAAGAUGGGCGGACUGCCCAGCGAGCUGUCUCCGGUCUUGCAGAAGAUCGAGGACACCGCCAUGACCCUGCAUGAAGCGGCCAAGAGGGGCGAUCUCAACGCGGUCAAGACCUUCUUGGACAAAAAGAAGCCGUUGGACAGUCAGGACUUCAAGGGCAUCACUGCCUUGGGCUAUGCGAUUGGUGCCAAUCGCAUCGCGGUGGUGAAGCUUUUGUUGGACAGCCGCGCCAACCCCUACUCCGUGGAUGCCUCUGGCAAUAGCGGCCUCCAUUACGCUGCGGGCUACGGCCGAAAGGAGCUCUUGGAAUACCUUUUGAAGGUUGGCGCCAACGUGAACCAGCCGAACGCGGAGGGCUUGACGCCCCUGGGCGCUGCGACGCAGAACCGACAGGAAGCCACGAUGGCGGUGCUGAAGGCUCAUGGAGCCCAGUAA